AUGAGCGUGGCACUGUGCUCGAUUGCCUCACUUUUCUUUCUGCUGUGCGCUUUCCCGCUUGCCGAUGGAAGGCCGGAGAAAAUCCAGUUGCCCUUUCCCAUCGCCUCGCAGAUGAGCGGGGAGUGGGGCGUGGAGGUGCACUCGCCGUGCGAUCCGUCUGUCGUCACAGGCACCCUCGCCUUGGAGGGCGAAACAAUGACGAUGCACUGGCAGCAUGACGCCUUUUCGGGCCCUCAACUGGAGUCGGCGACAAGUGAAGGGGAGACCGCGCUGCAGGUCGGCGGGUUACAUGCGUUCACCACACGUUCGCGGGGGUUGACGGCGCUGCUGUACACCAUCUGUGGUGAGAGGCAAACAAAUACGCUGCACACCCCGCAUCGGCCUGGGCUUGAGAACAAGAUGGACACGACGGUGCUCACGGAGUACACGGGGGUCCUACUCAAAGAUCCUGCGGAUGCGUUGAGCACAUGUCAAACAGCAGCGCCGAAUGUGUUUAUUCGCCUGCUUGGAAGCGACCUCCGCGGGAAUCUGAAGGGAUCUCUGCAAUUUCUUGAGAUGCAAUUCGACGUGGCGAAUUUGACGGCGCAUUGCGUGGAAACGAGGGAGGCAUCCGGGGGACAACACGGGUCUGCGAAGAAAGACACGAAGGGGAAAAAGGGCAGAAAGCGUCGACUGGGCGGCGCCAAGGUGACACGCGGCGAGCAUGGGACUGUCUUGGACCAAGGUGCAGUGGAGGGAUCCGUCGUCCUCCGGUUUGUGCGUCGAACACCAAAGUCCAAGUAG